AUGGCAUUCAAUGCCAACACCCUCUCCUCGAUCUCAAUGCCACCGACGACUCCGACAGCCCAGCCCAGUACGUCGACGGCGACGACUCCGACGAUAGUCCCUCAAAGCCCAACAACCUCCCCAACACCUCAGACUCUGCCAGCAAACUCCGUAAAGCCAAGACGAAGCCCACCUGCACCGCAACAGCAGCAUACUAUCCCAAUAGAAGAGCCCCUCGCCCAAGUCCUCCUGACCUGGUUCGUCCAAGUCAUCGGGCUCGCCGCCGCAAUCGUCUUCGCCGUCUUCGCCGUCCUGUCGUGGAUCGACUCGCAGCACGCCAAAGCGCAAGCCAAUGCCGCGAAUUUGUUAGCGCUCGCAGCGAUAUGCACUCAGACACUAGAAAAUACAGCGCUCAAGGGCCUCUGUGACCCCUUCUUCACCAGUGCCUGGCCGAGUAUAGCUGCUGCUGUGCAGACGCUGUUGCCGUAUGUGCCGAGCUCUGCGGCACCGAGUUACAGUCAUGUGCCCGACGGCUCGCAAGGGGCAGAUACUGGGGCUGGACUACCUCACUUACCACCAGCAACGACAGGGCAGAAGGUGGGUAUCGGGGUAGGGCUGGGGAUCGGAGUGACGACGCUGUUCGUCACUGGGUUAACUUACUUUCGCAUACGGGGAGGAGGCAUUACAGCGGUGCUUGAACCAGCCCGGGGCAUGAUUGUUCGUUCCGGGGAGGUGAUGACGGGGCCAUGUUCGAAGAAAUAG